CCUCGACUGACUACACAGCAAAACUGCGAGAAGAACGGACAGAGAGAAGCAGGAGCAAUACACCUAAGGAAUCCAUCGCCAGAACAACAAUUCCACUGAACAGAAAGUUUCUCCAGUCUAGUGCCUGAUUGAAAGGAACUGCUGGAGUCAUGAAUGCCUCGUGCUUUCUCUCUGCUCUUGCUUUUGUUCUCCUCGCUGGAGAGAGCACAGCUUGGUACUACAAUGCCUCCAGCGAGCUCAUGACGUAUGAUGAAGCCAGUGCAUACUGUCAGCGGGACUACACACAUCUGGUGGCGAUUCAGAACAAGGAAGAGAUCAACUACCUAAACUCCAAUCUGAGAUAUUCACCAAGUUACUACUGGAUUGGAAUCAGAAAAGUCAAUAACGUAUGGAUCUGGGUGGGGACCGGGAAGCCUCUGACAGAGGAAGCUAAGAACUGGGCUCCAGGUGAACCAAACAACAAGCAAAGAAAUGAGGACUGUGUAGAGAUUUACAUCCAACGAACCAAAGACUCGGGCAUGUGGAAUGACGAGAGAUGCAACAAAAAGAAACUGGCUCUGUGCUACACAGCUUCGUGUACCAAUGCAUCCUGCAGUGGUCAUGGUGAAUGCAUAGAGACCAUCAAUAGUUACACCUGCAAGUGCCACCCUGGCUUCCUGGGACCCAACUGUGAGCAAGCUGUGACUUGCAAAACACAGGAACACCCUGACUAUGGAAGCCUGAAUUGCUCCCACCCGUUCGGCCUCUUCAGCUAUAAUUCCUCCUGCUCCUUCGGCUGUAAACGGGGCUACCUGCCCAACAGCAUGGAGACCACAGUGCGGUGUACAUCCUCUGGAGAGUGGAGCGCGCCUGCUCCAGCCUGCCAUGUGGUUGAAUGCGAAGCUUUGACCCACCCUGCCCAUGGAAUCAGGAAAUGUUCCUCCUCAAAUCCCGGGAGCUACCCGUGGAACACGACGUGCACGUUUGACUGUGCGGAAGGGUACAGGCGAGUUGGAGCUCAGAGUCUACAGUGUACCUCGUCCGGCAUCUGGGACAAUGAGAAGCCAUCGUGCAAAGCUGUGACCUGUGACGCCAUCCCUCAGCCUCAGAAUGGCUUUGUGAGCUGCAGCAACUCGACAGCUGGAGAACUUGCUUUUAAGUCGUCCUGUAACUUCACCUGUGAGCAGAGUUUCACGUUGCAGGGGCCAGCGCAGGUUGAAUGCAGCGCACAAGGGCAGUGGACACCACAAAUCCCAGUGUGCAAAGCUGUCCAGUGUGAAGCCUUAUCUGCACCGCAGCGAGGCAACAUGAAAUGUCUUCCCAGUGCUUCUGGACCUUUCCAAAAUGGGUCCAGUUGUGAGUUCUCCUGCGAAGAAGGAUUUGAAUUGAAGGGAUCAAGAAGGCUUCAGUGUGGUCCAAGAGGGGAAUGGGAUAGCAAGGAGCCCAUGUGUUCAGCUGUGAAAUGUGAUGAUGUUCCUUGGCCCCAGAAUGGCGUCAUGGAGUGUGCUCAUGCUACUACUGGAGAAUUCACCUACAAGUCCUCAUGUGCCUUUCAAUGCAACGAGGGCUUUAGCUUGCAUGGCUCAGCUCAACUUGAGUGCACAUCUCAGGGAAAGUGGACCCAGGAAGUCCCCUCCUGCCAAGUGGUACAAUGUCCAAGCCUUGACAUUCCGGGAAAGAUGAACAUGAGCUGCAGUGGAACAGCAGUUUUCGGCACAGUGUGUGAAUUUACAUGUCCCGAUGAUUGGACACUCAAUGGAUCUACAGUUCUGACGUGUGGUGCCACGGGACACUGGUCUGGGAUGCCGCCUACCUGUGAAGCCCCAGCCAGCCCCACCCGUCCCUUGGUAGUUGCACUUUCUGCGGCAGGAACCUCACUCCUGACAUCGUCCUCAUUACUCUACUUGUUGAUGAGAUACUUUCGGAAGAAAGCAAAGAAAUUUGUUCCUGCUAGCAGCUGCCAAAGCCUUCAAUCGUUUGAAAACUACCAUGUGCCUUUGAACAUCUAGGUUCAAAACAAUCAGGAACACAAAUGCACCGUGGGAAAUAGAAUGAUAUGCUGAAGACAGCAGGAAAUGAACUGUCUACAGAAUCCUGGUCUCUCUUGCCUGCUUAAAAACUGGGAUCCUGACUCCAUGGAUCAAAACUGAGUGACAAGGCCAGCCCUCUACCGGAAUGACUCGGUUUCCUCUUUCCUAGUUAGUGACAGGAUGAAGAACAUGCUGCCACAGAAGGUGGAGGUGCUCUCUUCAUGGACCGGGGAGAGCGGGAGCUGGAACAGCAGAAUUCAUUCUGACUCUGAGUCACUCUAGAAUUUGGGAACAGAAACAGUGUUUUAUUGCUUUGUUUCUUUCUCUUGUUCCCCACACAGUGUGUCAACAGCUAAUUCCAGUAUUGUUGUCACAGGCGUAAAUAAUGUUUAUCAGCAGUUUUGAGCAAUUGAUUUUCUAUUUCUAUCUUGAAAAAAAAAAGGCAGAAUUGCCAUAUUCUCAGGUUAUGGCCUAGGAGUGUCAUUACGGGUACAAGGUGCAGAUCCUGGUGAAUAUUACAUGUUAAGACUGCUAGGCAGACAUAUUGGCUUUAUCCCCAUGGGAUUCAGUGGCUGCCGAAGUAUUCUUGAACAUUGUGUUCUGUGUCCUGGCAUUAAAGCCAGCAUGAGAUCCAUCAUUUUUAUGUCAGCUCAAGGGUCAAAAGGACUUUAAAAAAAAAAAUCAGAAUCCUGUGGCCUAUCACAUGGCAAAAGUUACCCUAAAUCUUUUAUUUAAUUAGAAAAUCCCUAAAUCUAAAUUUAAUGUUAUAUUUGCAGUCCACUUACUCUCAAAAUGAGAAAUUAAUAAUCAGUGUGAAAUCCUGAGUAUUUAAUGGUAGCUGGUUUUAAGACAUGGUACUAUCAAAAGAAUAGAAAGUGAAGAGAGAGUUUAUAUAUUUGAUCCCCCACCCCGCCCCCGCCAAGGUUUGUUUGUUUGUUUUUUCUGGAAGAGAGACCAUCCUUUAAGCCA